UCUCUGCUCUUCCCUUCUUGCCACGGCCCUUUGCAUCCUCCAGCUACCUUCAUUGCUGGCGCUCGUCCCAAACUUGCUCCCAGCCUCUGGCUGCUAAGCGACAGGUCCCCCGCCCGCCUGUGCAUCCCGCUCACCGGGAAAUCCCCUGUCACCACAGGUGCAGGUGCCACGCAGCAGCUGCUGCCGAGGAAGUGGGUGACAGGGCCCUUGUUGUUUCCUUUAGCCCUAGGCCCAGCCUGUGCCCAUAUAAACGGGCAGCUCCAGGCCUGGGCCUGGGUGGGAUUGUCCCCCCAAGCGCUGUUAGCGAGAGGCGUCGCCCGAGUCACUGCACACCAGGGACUGGCUUCUGCUGAGUGAAUCUGGAGUCACUCCUUUGGCUUCAGUGGAGCCACUCUGGAUUGACACCGGUGUAACUGAGAACGGGACAAGUCAGAGGCUCACGUGGGCAGCGGGUGUGGGGUUUGCCCAUCUGACCUGCAUGCCUGGGCCAUCACAAGAGCAGGUGCAGGAGAAUUCAGAUCUGAGUUCAAGCAACAUCUGGAGAGCAAUGGGCAGGGAGGGAGGUUGCAACCAGGAUCCUGGCAACAAGAUCAGCUUUCCAUUGGUCCUCUGGCGUGCUAGAAACCCGGGCUCCCUCGGGGAGCUCCGAGCAUAUAAAAGGGAGCUGCCUACUCUGCUCUGGACUCUCUGCUUUUCCCUUUGCUCUCGUCUUGGUAAGUUGGUUUUGUUUUAUAACAUUGGCUCUUGUGGCCUUUAAAAAACUGACUCUCCAGAGUGCCGCCUCGGUGGGUUCUCUCUCCCUCCCCUCACCAGAUGUGCCACACCCUUGGCAGCGUGCCCAGGCUUAGCAGAUCCUCUCCGCAGCUGCGCACACCCCUCCCUGGCACACAGCGUUAGAAGGCCCUCUCGCCAGAGGUGCAUGCCCCUUUCUAGAUGUGUACACCCCUCCCUGGCACACAGCGUUAGAAGGCCCUUUCGCCAGAGGUGCAUGCCCCUUUCCAGAUGUGCAAACCCCUCCCUGGCACACCGCGUUAGAAGGCCCUUUCGCCCGAGAUGCAUGCCCCUUUCCAGAUGUGCACACCCUCCCUUGCAGGCACAGUGCUGGGGGAUCCCUGCCACAGCUGUGCAGACCUCUCUCCAGGUGUGCAUCCUCCCCCCAGUUAUUCCCAGUGCCAGGGGGCUGCCUCCCUCCAGCUGUGGCAGUCACUCUCCAGGAGGCGUGGGUUGAGCUGCAGGGGAGCUGGCUCUGAGAUGCUUCUGGGCGUUGGCACAGUCUCCUUGGCGCAGUUCUCCCCUGGCUGGCUGCUUAGACAUCGCCUGAUCUCACCUGCUUUCCGGCUCCUGAGCUGAGAGAUAACGGGGCCACGCCGAUUACGUCACUACCAUCUGGGGGUCCCAGGGAAGGUGGCUUGGCUCCCUCCUUUGCACACUCAGUAACAGCACUGGCCUCACCCGGCGGUGCCCUGCUGGCUCCAGUCCUGGCACCCUGGAUCUAGUGGCCCUUUGGACUCUCUCCCUCCCAGCCGGCUCUAAGGGACGCUACUUUUCCAAGAGGAACCAGGAUUUUUUAAACUCCUCGUGGGAAUGUUGGCUUGAGAUUCCCAGGGGGAAUUCCUGGCCUGCUACAGCAGCAGUUUUUCUGUUUGCCUGGAUGCUCUGUGGCUCAUUUUCCAGAGGCCGGGUUGGCAGUGAAGGCUGGGGGCAUGGUGGCAUUUCCCCCACUUCUGGGAGAUUCCUGCCUUGUUAACUCAUCCUGAGCUUGCCUGCUUCCCCCUGCAGGAUCUUUGCUGCUGCCCUUAGUUCCCUCUGUCCUGGAGAGAUUUGCAACAUCUGAGUUGGUGGGAUUUUCAUGGGAAGGGGACAGGGACCGAGAGAGUGAGGAACCCAGAUCUGAUUGGAAAACAACAAAAUUCGACACCGAAUUCCCUUAAAUGCCUUUGAAAUUCCCAGCCAGUCAGACCCACCUGCUCUGAUUGCUCGGACCGAUGUGGACGAGCGCCAUGGAAACGCCUCUGGAAAAGGCCUUGGCAACCCUAGUCUGCACCUUCCACAAGUACUCGGGGAAGGAAGGCGACAAGAUGACCCUGAGCAAGGGGGAACUGAAGGAGCUGGUGAAGAACGAGCUGGGCCUGGGGGAGAGAAUGAAGGAAGGCGGCAUUGAGCAGCUCAUGAAAAGCCUAGACCGGAACAGCGACCAGGAAAUCGACUUCAAGGAAUACUCGGUUUUCCUGUCCACCUUGUGUAUGGCCUACAACGACUUCUUCCGGGGACAGAGCAAAUAGCUGGGGGGAGGGGGGCCUGAGACCGGGACACUGUCCGGCUGCUUUCAAUAAAAAGCGUUCUGUCCACCGUUCUCCCAGUGUCAUGUGUUUCCUUCCAUCCACCCUGCUGGGCCGUCUAGCCAGGCUAGAAGAUCUCUUUUCUCUUCGCCUGUCUGUCGGUCCAUUCCCCACGCCCCUCUAUCGAGCCAGCUCGCCUGCAAACUCUUCAGGGACAGGGGCUGUCUCUGCAGGCCCUGGCACAAUGGCCCAGAGCCUCGUUAUUUAGGUGCCGGACUCCCAGUGGGUCCCUUUGAGGAUGUGGGUGGGGCCCUGAUCUCAGUCAUGGCCCCAAGGGCACCUAGAACUGUAAUAACAACACACCCUGGGCCUUGGCUGGUUUCCAGGCUCCCGGGAGGGAGCUGGGCUGGGAGAUGACUGUCCUGCGGCUGGAUGGGCGGCGCUCUGGGGUCAGUGGGGGGUGGUCUGUGGGUCACGGAGGGCAGCCCCCCAGUGCUAUCCUGCCUCGCUGGUGCCCCUGGCCCCGGGGGAAUCUGCCAGCAUUGCUGAUCGCCCCUUGCCUUCCC